UUCGACUGUCUGGUGUUCUGUUGCUACGCUGAGGUGUUUGAGAUUAAGAACAAAGGGUCCCCAAUAUUUAGUCCCCCCACGAGAAUAGAUUAAGCAACAAAAACAUUAACUAAACCAAAAGAUUGAGUGUAAUUCAAUGCCAACUUUUCAGCUGCGCCACACUACUAUGUCCGACGAGGAAGAACAAUAGUGGGUUAUGCGUUCCAGUUUCACAUCUUCGUAUUCUUCCUCCUCCACGCUUAACCCUUCAUCCGCAUCAAGCCCGCUAUCUUUUAGUAGCUCAUCAUCACAACUAGGGUUUCGUAGAUCUUCGGCAACUGGUUCACAUGGUCUGGCAUCUCGAUCUGGAACGGACUAUGGCAAUCCAUUUCAGAGAGAUUCGUCAACCCGUGACACGUUACCGGCGCGACUUUAUCCGACUAGGUCAAGUAGUUUAGCUGGUAGACCAGAGGCACCGAUCAGUAGUAGAGUGACACGAGAUGAGCAAACGGUCGGGUUGCUCGAAAGGUACGGUAAUGGGGCGCGUAAGACAUCAGUAGGUGAGAGUUCCACUUCUCAAUACUUCAAACAGCGCAGACAACAGCAGUCAGAGCCAGACUCUGGGCCAUCUUCAUCAGCACAUGGUCAACGCCGCCAAUCACUUGAAGCUGGGCCAUAUGGGCCUUCGUCUCCAUUCUCGCCAUUCGGUCGCGACCAACCGUCGUCGUCAUCAGCAUCACAUUUCGGAAGAGAUGGAGGACGCCAGACCAUGGCUGAUCCACAAGAUCUAAAUCAGAAUGAGUAUAUGCAACGUCUUUUGGCAGCUCAUAAUCGAGUCGACGAUUUACUUCGAUCCCGUGGAUUGGGCGGUGAGGAUGAGCGAAAGUACUUGAGAGCGUGGGAAGAGAUUCCAAUCAUUCGGGAGGAACGAUACCGACGGGUGCGUACGCCAAGCAGUUCAAGCGAUUCCGGCCUGUCAACAGAUAACGAUAGCGAUCGGAGCAAUGCCGAAGCCGCACCACCAGCAGAUCCACCAUCUGUUGAUUCAACCGACUUUUUUUCGUUUGAGAGAGAGGAAGAGGAUAUUCAAAUUGUUCAUAACUACAUUGUUACUGCAAAGGUUAAGGCUUAUUACAGCGAAAAGCUCAAAAACGUUGAGUUCAGUCUUGACAAGAAAGCUAAAUCAGAAAAGGCAUCAAAGUUACUAAACGCACCUUCAACACCAUAUAUGUCCCAUCUUUCCGUGACGAAAGCAAAAGAUUUCAAAGCAACAAACAAGAAUAAAAAGAAAAAUAGUAUUUGCGAUACUCGAGCUACCUUUCCUUCUGAGACAAAAGAGACUAUUUCUAUUACGCUACCAGCUGCUCCAACCCCAAAAGUUUUGAUGAAUGCUCGUCAAGAUUUGAAGAAAACUCCAGAAAAAAUUAUACCAAAGUUGAAAGAAGCCAUGAGUAAAUGCACCAAAACACUUCGAGCUGUUGCCAACAAGGAGAGUAUUGAGAAGAUGUUAGACGAACCACCAUCGUCACUUUCAGUCAGUGCCAGUUUCAGUGUUGGUGACAUGAGAGAAUUGAAAAAGCCACACUUGCCAAAGCGAAGGAAAACUUACGACGACAACGUGAAGGUGCAGCAAAAGAAUGUUUUGGCUAGCCUGAAACGAAAAAAGAUGAAUGUCAUUCCAAGCGCAGCAGAGAUCUCAAUUCAACAUUGCAGUUUUUAUAAUCAGUUGGCAAAGGAUAAUUUUGCCGAAAAGAAUGUGCGUCUCAAUCUAAGAAUGACAGAGCGAGCACCGAAAAACUGUUCGACCCAAAUUGUUCUACCUUCACCGCCUCGUGUCAUUUAUGUUCGGAAGGAUAUCAAUGCCUUCUACACAAAACCACCGCCAAGACGGACCAAAACACAAGAAAUUCCAAAGCCAAAAAUUGGACGGCUCAAUCGAGCAUUUACGGUUGAAUUGGAAGAGAAGGAAAAAGAAAUUCGAAAAGUGAACCGUCUCAAGAUCCCGGAGUACUUUUUGCAGAGCAAUGCUGAAAUGCUUGAAGAUAUUAUGGGAAUUAAGAAUGGAUUGAAACGGGUUCCUAUAAUCGGUGGAUUCUUAGUUCAACCGAAGGAAAAGGCACCCGUUCAGCAACAAUCAAGUCUGAGAAGAGCUGGUGCAAUUCGAAGAAAACCAACGCCCAUAAAAGAAGAACCAAGUGCUCCAUACUCUGAUUUCUGUCCUCCUCAAACUCCAAGCAGUCCGUUACCUAGAAUUCGGAUUGUGAGUCCACUUGAACCGGAUCCGCCACCUAUACCCAGGAGGAGACCGCCGCCCGCAUCAUCGUCGCGGCAUUUAAACUUGCAUGGCUCCCUAGCGCUGUCCGCGAAGCCUAGAGGAGCCGCAAAAAACUACGAGUCAAUACAACACCAAAAAACGUUAGCGGAAUUGUCAGAAACCGAUAAACUACUCAUCGAGCGAUUCAGUUCCCAAAUGCACAUUCCCCGCCCCAAGGCUAUCAUCCGCGCUCUAUCGCCUUUUAACGCGAUUCGAGCAUUAAAAUCACAAUUCAAAGAGAGAUGCUCAAGUCCACCAGCAAGAUUCAUCCACAGAAGAGCUCCAAGAAUGCGAUCUCCAACUCCGGCCAGAGAAAUGAAGCCAGUUCGACUAGCUUCGGUAGUAAUUGUGAAAAAACAACUGCCAAGAAGACAUUGGCUAGAUUUUCAAGUUGAUCUGAAGCGCAUUGACUUCGAUAAACAUCGAUCCCGUCUGAAACCUAAAAUGCGUCUCAUGCGAUGGAUUCCUAGAUGGCGUCGUAGAGGCACUGACGAGGAGGUCGAGGAGGUCGACGAAGAAGAAGUCGAAGCCGAUUAUGCUCCGUCUGAAACUGAUACCACUCGAUCUGACCGACCAAAAACCAAAUCGUUCACUGAAGACGAAGAAGGCCUGACCGAAGGAGAACGUGCUAUGGCGGCAGCCAAACGCCGUCACGAGGAAGAACAACACGCAAAACUUCAGGAUUACGAGGAACGGCGUCGCACCGAACGUGAGAAGGAGGAAGAAGAGCUGAAGAAAUUGAAAGAGAAACAGGAGAAGAGAAAACUCGAACGAGAACAGGAAGAGAAGGAGAUGGAAGAGAGACGUCGUGCUGCUGAUGACCGUCGUCGUCAAGAAGAAGAGGAGAGAAAAGCCAAGGUUGAUCAGGACCGAAGAAACAGAGAGGAAGAGAAAAAUAAGAAAAACCAACUAAGUGGAUUUCAAACAGGAGGUCAAGGAGGAAGAAAUUUCACUGUCGCAAAGAAGGCUGCUCAGAACGACAAGUUUGGAAACAUUGUGCAGGCCAAGCAAGAGAUGGGAAUGACCAAAGAGCAGCAAGAAGACGCGAAGCGUGCAUUCCUUGCGGCAAUUCGCAAAGAAAUACCAAACGCAUCCGAAGUUCCACAAAGCGAGCUGAAGGCCAAGAUAAAGGAGCUUCAUCAGAGAAUAUGCAAACUCGAGACCGAGAAGUACGAUCUCGAGAAACGUCACGAACGGCAAGAGUACGACAUGAAAGAGCUCAACGAGCGUCAACGUCAAGUCACUCGCAAUUCGGCUCUCAAGAAAGGAAUUGAUCCCGCUGAAGUUGGAAACACCAGAUAUCCACCAAAACAACUUAUUGCUUCAAAGUUCGAACGUCAACGCGUUCAAACGUUUUCUGACCGCCGAGCUCUUUUCACUAAUACUAAAAAACUGGAUACCGACGCUUAUUUCGAUUGGCUCAAUUCCUUCAAUUACAUUGCUCCCCAAAGUCUCAAUAUUAUCAGUGCUCGUGACGACAUUCAUGCGUAUUUGAACAGUCCAGAUAGAUGUCCAAAGUACAUUGAAAAGGAACCAACAAUCUGUACUUCUCAACCCGUUUUCACUCCUAGACGACUUUCAAUUCCAGCUGCGUUUCUCAAACAAGGAUGAUACUCUCAAAUGUGCAGCAAAACAAGUUUUACAAAUCAAACGAUAAACAAAGAUACCAUCAGUUUCUGACAAUUCCGCAUUUUUCACCGUCAAUCUAGUAAGCUCUUAUUUGACUCGUAGGGGAACUUACUACUGUACCAUCUAUUGACGGUUUAUGUAUAUUUAUUCAACUAUUCGUUUCUUUUGUGUGCCGUGUUUUUAGCGAGAUCCAUUUUGUAUACUUUCUAGUGUACUUCUCAAUUUGCGAUUCAACAUUAUUAAAAAAUAAACUAUAAUUUUCGCUGAAA